UUUUCCAUUGUUUUGUUUACACAUUUUUUUAGUGGAUUGUAUAUUUUGACACACGAACUGUCAAAUUAUUGGAAGACAUUGUAAAUGAAGUUGGCAGCACUAAACGUAUAUCCACCAUGUGCUAAUUUAAAAGUGAAUCUACAAGUUUUACCAAGAAACUCUUAUAAACAAAUGGGAACUAAAAAAGUAAAAAUCAGCUCCGUCAAACGUGCAGCGCACUUAAAGUCCAAGAAGACUCCGCUUUCAAAACAACAACAGCACAAAUUAACGCAACAAAAAGCGGCUAAGGAGAAGUCUCAAAAUAUAUUUUUGCAAAAAGCGCGUAAACGUGACAAUUUGGCACAAAAAAGAAAACAAAAUAAACGUGAAUCGUUAGGUUUACAUCCUUUAAAUGGCAAUAAUGACGAUGAUGAAGAUGAUGAACAAUUGUUGGAAAAUGUUGCCGACAUGUUGGAAGGAGAAGAUUUGGAAUUUUUGCAAUUAAAAGGAGCAAAUCGUCAACGGAAACGUAAACAUGCCAGUACUGGUGAGGACCAAAAGAUUGCCGUAGGUUUAGAGAAAGCGUAUGCUAGUGAAAGUGUUAAGGAACUCGAAGCGAAAAAAGUUAAAAUUAAUUUAUUACCUAUUAAAAGUCGUGAAGGUGAAAUUAUUACUAGAACUACAGAAGUAGAUUUGAAACCAAAAGUCGAAAAGCCCCCAAAUGAUGAUAUAAGUUCUCAGUAUAUCGUAGGAGAAGAAGACGAAUCUGUUUAUGAAGAUAGUGACGAUGAUGUACUUAAUGAUGAAUAUGUUGCUAAACCGGCAGAAGUUAAGUUGAUUUCCACUACAGAUUUACUUAUCGCGAGGCAGCAAGAAAUCGAACGACAAAAAUAUCGUAUUGGCAUUAUUUGUUCUGGUAUUCUUGAGAAACCAGAAGAUAAAAUGCGUAAUUUUAAUGCACUCUAUGAACUAAUGGAUGAAAUGAAUCCUGCGGGUGCGCAAAAUUUGCUAACUGUACGUAAAGUAGCUGCCAUAUCGAUAACAGAACUAUUUAAAGACAUAUUGCCGGACUAUCGGGUGGGUCAGGUUGAUACCAAAAUGCAAACAGUUCGUAAGGCUACAUUGGAACGCGUAAAGUUCGAAACAGCUUUGUUGCAACAAUUCAAAAAAUUUUUGCAAAAGUUAGAAAAGUUAACAGCUGCGGUCACUAAACGUGGUUACGGACGUAAAACUCCGCAAGCUAUUAAAAUGGCUGAAGUAGCUGUGCAAUGUAUGUGUGACAUACUUACUGCACAUCCAUAUUUCAAUUAUGUUAAAAACGUUGCACAGCUUCUAGUCUACAUGUUAAACUCAAAUUAUGGCACUAUGCGUGCUGCUGUUAAUACCUGUUUUCGCACAGUUUUCGCCACCGACAAAAAAUUGGACAUGACGCUUUUCAUUGUGCGACGGAUUAACAAUUUAAUCAAAACUAAGAAUCAGCUUGUACAUUUAGAUUGUGUCACAUGCCUUCUCUCAAUGCAAUUAAAAAAUGUUAAUUUAGAUGCCGAAAAGGAAAAUGAGCUAAAACAGAAGAAAUUGGAGGCGCAUAGACAGCGUUUGAUGAACCUCUCUAAGAAAGAACGGAAGCGACGAAAAAAACUUACCGAAGUAAAUAAGGAAUUGGAGGAAACGCGAGCCGAAGAAAACAAACAAACAAAACACUACAAACUGACCGAAAUUGUGAAAAUGGUUUUCACAAUCUACUUCCGUAUACUGAAGAACGAUCCAACAUCUAAAUUAUUAAGCGCUAUUUUGGAGGGCUUGGCAGAAUUUGCGCACGUAAUAAAUUUAGAGUUUUUCGCUGAUCUUAUUGAUGUGCUCAACAAUAUAUUGGAAGAAAUGGAUUUAGGGUAUCGUGAGCAACUACACUGCAUACAUACCAUUUUUGUUAUAUUAUCGGGACAAGGCGAAGUAUUAAAUAUUGAUCCCAUAAGAUUCUAUCAGCAUUUCUAUAAAAAUAUGUUGGCAGUUAAUGCUGGUAAAAAUCAUGCAGACUAUGCAAUUAUAUUGAACACUCUUGAUGAGGUGCUCGUUAAACGACGUCGCAACAUGAGUCAACAACGUUUAAUGGCUUUUGUUAAACGAUUACUGACUAGCAGUUUACAUUUGUUGCACCACGGCACUUUGGCCACGUUAGGCACAAUUAAAACUACAUUCCAAUUGACUUCGGUUUUGGAUAUUUUAUUAGAUACAGACACAAUAACUGGUUCCGGGCAAUAUAAUCCUGAACUUGAUGAUCCGGAAUAUUGUAAUGCAUCAUGUACAUCUUUAUACGAAUUAACAAUGCUGACUAGGCAUUAUCAUCCAACUGUGAGAAAAAUGGCAUUACAUAUUGCCAGUGGCGUGCCCGCUACUGGUGACGGAUCGUUACCCACAGAAAUUGGAAAGUUAAAUGCACACGAACUAUAUCAACAAUUUGAUAGUACUCAAAUGGUUUUUAAUCCCACCAUUCCGGUACCUAAACCUGUCCAACCCAAGUUAAAGAAAGGCAAACAUAUGUUUACAAAUGAUGACUUCAAGCAAUAUUACAAGAGGAUCUUGUUAGAGCAACAAAAUAAAGAUCUUGACAAGCGCAAUAACUUCAAUUUUUAUGUUGAUGUGAUGAGUAAUAAAUAAACUUAAUUCUCUAUAUGUAAUAUAUAA